GUAUAUUGUUUGACUAGCUGCAAUUGUUUGCAAUAUAUAGUGCUAAAGAACAUAAAGUUUUACAUUCCAUUUCCACAAAGCUAGAGAGUGCUAGACUAAAAUGGCAGAAACUGCGGCGUCUUUUGCUAGUCGGCAUGUGUUUCCAAAAUUUUUGGAAGCCGUAAAGAUGCUGAGAGAUCUCCCAAAAGAAGUUGUAGAAGUUGCCGAUGAGCUAGAAAGCUUUCAAGAUUUCAUCCAUGAUGCAAAUAAAGUGGCUGAAGCAGAAGAAGAUAAAAAUAGGCGUGAUAGAAUAAGAAAAAGGUUGAUGAGGCUAAGAGAAGCAGCUUUUCGCAUGGAAGAUGCCAUCGAUGACUAUGUCAUAUGUGACGACGAGAAGCAACCUGAAGAAGAUCCUCGAUGUGCAACUUUACUAUGUGAGGCUGUUGAGUUCAUCAAAACUCAAAUCCUUCGCCUUCAAGUGGCGUAUCAAAUUCAGGAUGUUAAAUCGCUUGUUCGUGCGGAAAGAAAUGGGUUUGAAAACCAUUUUCCUAUAGGAUCAAGAUCGAACGGUUCUAGAGGAAAUGAAAAUUUCACAUGGCAUAAACUUCGAAUGGAUCCUCUCUUUAUUAAGGAAGAGGAGGUUGUUGGCUUUGAAGGCCCUAUACAUGCAUUGAAAAAGUGGUUGACAGAAGGACAAGAAGAACGCACUGUUAUCUCUAUUGUAGGAAUGGCAGGAUUGGGAAAAACCACACUUUCUAAGCAAGUUUUUGACAGGGUACAUACAGACUUUGAGUGCCAUGCGUUGAUCACAGUGUCUCGAUCCUACACUGUUGAAGGGUUGCUAAGGGAUUUGACGAACAAGCUCUGCAAAGAGAGAAUGGAGGAUCCUCCUCGGGAUGUUGCAACUAUGAAUCAAAUGUCGUUGAUAGAAGAAGUCAGAAACCGCCUUCACAAUAAGACGUAUGUUGUCUUGUUUGAUGACGUAUGGAAUGAAACAUUUUGGGAUGACAUUGAAUUGGCUCUAAUUAAUAAUAAAAAUGGAAGUAGGAUACUAAUCACUACCCGGGAUGAGAAGGUUGCGGAGUACUGUAAGAAAGCUUUAUUUUUUGAGGUGCAUAAGCUACAACCUUUAAGUAAAGAGAAAUCACUGGAGCUAUUAUGUAAGAAGGCAUUUGGGUAUGGUUUUGAUGGAUGUUGUCCAAAAGAUUAUGAAGAAGUAGGUCUCGACAUUGUUAGAAAGUGUGAGUGUUUACCUUUAGCAAUUGUGGCUAUUGGUAGUCUUUUAUAUAGAAAAUGUAAAACUCCACCGGAAUGGCGUCGGUUUAGUCAAAAUCUAAGUUCGGAGUUGGAGAGCAAUUCCGAGUUACACAGUGUAACAAAAAUUUUAAGUUUGAGUUUCGAUGAUUUGCCACAAAAUCUGAGGUCAUGUUUGUUGUAUUUCGGAAUGUAUCCUGAUGAUUACGAAGUUAAAUGUGGUAGAUUAAUUCAGCAGUGGAUAGCUGAAGGGUUUGUCAAACAAGAAAGUGGAAGAAAUUUGGAAGAAGUUGCACAACAACAUUUAAUGGAAUUGGUGAGUAGAAGCUUAGUUCUUGUAUCAUCAUUUACCAAAGAUGACAAGGCUAGAGCAUGCCGUGUUCACGACUCAAUACACGAAAUGAUCCGUGGAAAGAUGAAGAAUACGGGGUUUGGUGAGUAUAUUGAUGAGGAUAAUCAUUUGGAAUCAAGCGGUAUCGUUAGACGCUUAACAAUAGCAACAAAUUCCAAUGACUUAAAUGGAUCUAUGGAAGAAUCACAACAUGUUCGGUCAAUUAUAAUUUUCAGAAGGAGGGAUGUAAAAUUCACAGACCGCUUGCUUGCAAAAUACAGACGGUUAAAGGUGCUUGAUUUUGGGUAUGCUCCCUUAUAUGAUGUUCCUGAAAAUUUUGGGAGUUUAAUCCACUUAAAGUAUCUACGCUUACGGAAUAUAAUGAUAAGAAGCCUUCCAAAAUCCAUUGGUAAGCUGAAGAAUUUGGAGAUCUUAGAUGUACGAACACAUAGGGUGAUAGAGGUACCAAAGGAGAUUACGAAGCUUAGAAAGCUACGUCAUCUUUUGGGUAGCCCUAUAUCUUCCGUUGCAGUGAAGGAUAGUCUUGGAAGCAUGACAUCCCUGGAAAAGAUGCAUGUAUUGAUAGUAGAUGAAGAUGGAGUGGUGAUUAGAGAGCUUGGAAAGCUAAAGCAAUUAAGGAAUCUUAGGCUUUCUAAUGUUAUGGGAAAUCAUUCUGAUACUCUUUCUUUCUCAAUAAACCAGAUGCAACUCUUGGAGCGACUAGAUAUCUCCGUCCAAUAUCUGAGUGAAGUAAUUGACUUGCACAUCACGCCAUCCUUGUCCAAAAUAAGGAAGCUUCACCUCUAUGGCAAUUUAAAAGAGUUCCCAAGUUGGAUUCCGCGACUCCAAAAUCUUGUGAAAUUGUCUUUGGUUGAAUCCAGGUUAACUAACAUUCCAUUGAAAUCUCUCGGAAAUAUGCCAAAUUUGUUGUUCAUCUCUUUCGACUACAAUUCUUAUGAAGGAGACACUUUAUAUUUUGAAAAUGGAGGAUUUCAGAAACUAAAGGAACUAGAGCUCAAAUGUUUGGAUAAUUUGAGUUCUAUCUUUAUUGAUAUCGGGGCACUGCAAUCCUUGGAAAAGCUUAAGAUAAUGACUAUUCCACAAUUGAAGAGAGUACCCUCUGGCAUUCAAAACUUAAAGAAACUCCAAGUUCUCGAUAUCUUAUAUAUGCCGAGAGAAUUUCAAAAGAGGAUUGACCCCAAUGGAGGAGAAGAGCACUGGAUGAUCAAACACGUGCCUCAUAUACAUUUUGUCAUGAAAGAUCGUGGUUUGCUAAUGGUCCACAAAGUAGCUCAAAUUUUAUCUUCGCGUUUACAGAGAAAAAAAGCAACUGUGCAGUUUGAAGCGGAUAAUGAAACACAAAUAAAACGGAUAACGUAGCCGCUGGGAACUGAGGGAAUAUAUUAAUGAUACGUGUUUGUAAAUUAGAUAGCAUAGAUUUAAUUAUUCACUGUUUUUUCUGCUUGGCUACUUUUAUUUUUGAUACAUUUGUUAGUUUGUUUGACCUGGAAAUAUUGAUAAAAUAGUGAUAAUAAUUAAAUAAUACUUAAUGGAACAUAAUACAAUGCUCUAUUUUUGUAUAUUUUGUUUGGAAGAACCU